GACGCGGACCGGUUUCAGGACCUCGAUAAUGAGGUUGGGCUGUUUUCCAGUGGGAUGAACUAUGACAAGGAUGACGACGAGGCCGAUCGCAUCUAUCAAGAUGUAGAUGAGAAGAUGGACAAGCGGCGGCGAGCAAGAAGGGAAGCUCGAGAGAAGAAAGAACGCGAAGAGUACGAGAGGAACAAUCCGAAGAUUCAACAGCAAUUCGCCGACCUAAAACGAGCGCUCGGUAGCGUAACCGAAGAAGAAUGGGCGGCGUUACCUGAAGUCGGUGAUAUGACGGGCAAGGCGAAACGAGCGCGCGAAGCUAGGUUGAACAAUGCGCGGUCAUAUGCUGUUCCCGACAGUGUCAUAUCAGCGGCCGCGCAACAGGGCCAGCUGGAGACGUCGAUUCCGGCCGACUCCGGGGACGGGACAAUGACGAACUUUGCCUCGAUUGGAGCUGCGCAGAAAUCCGCUCUGCAAGUACGUCUCGAUUCCGCAGCCGCGAACAACUCGGGGACACAAACGAGCGUGGGAGGCACAUCUACUUCGGUUGACCCGCGAGGGUAUAUAACAGCGCUGGAGAAGUCACAGGCAAAUGGGAUGGCGGCGCCGGUAGAAGAUAUAAACCGCGCUCGGGUGCUCCUGGAAUCCGCCGUCAAGACGAAUGUGCAUAAUGGCCCCGGUUACGUUGCCCUUUGCCGUCUUGAGGAGGUUGCGGGGAAAAUUCACACAGCGAAAAAGGUCAUUCAGAAGGGUUGUGAAAUGUGUCCGCGAUCUGUGGUCGUAUGGGAGGAGGCUAUUCGCAUCAAUCGCGACAACUUGCACAACGCCAAGGUCAUUGCUGCCGCCGGCAUCAAGCAGAAUCCGAAGGCGAUCAAGCUGUGGAUAGCGGCCAUCGAUUUGGAGCAGACGGUUGCCGCGCGAAAGAAAGUCACGCGACAGGCUCUGGACCACAAUCCGCAGUCCGUUGAGCUGUGGAAGAUCCUGAUCAACGAUACGGAGGAGAUUGAGAACGUGCGCAUGCUUUUCGCAAAAGCGACUGAGACGGUGAAGCUUUCCGAAGAGCUGUGGAUUUCGUAUGCGCGUGUCAGUGAACCGGAGCAUGCUCAGCAGAUCCUUAAUGCAGCGCGCAAGGCCAUCCCUACCAGCUGGGCUAUCUGGGUUCAAGCUUGUAGGCUGCAAGAGCAACUCGGCAAAGUGGAGCUCUGCGACAAGAUCAUGGAACGUGCGGUGAAGGCAUUGAUCAAGGAGAAUGCCAUGCCCAAGAGAGAAGAAUGGAUCACUCACGCUGAAGUCUGCGAGGAAGAGGGCGCCAUUGUCACUGCUGGAUCUAUCAUCAGAGCAACCGUCGGAUGGGGCCUGGAUGAGGAUGAUGAGCGGAGGGACACUUGGUUACAGGAUGCGAAGGACAGCAUGGCGAGGGGAAGAUAUGGAACGGCCAGAGCCAUUCUCGGCUACGCAGUGAGCGUGUUCAGUCAAAGCACGACAGUUUGGCAUGCUUUGGCCGAUCUCGAGAAGCGGCACGGGACGACAGAAGUCCUACUGGAAACACUUGAACGAGCCGUCAACGCAUGCCCCAAUUCCGAAUCGCUCUGGUUGCUCUAUGCGCGCGAGAUGUGGCAGGGUGGCCGACCCGAAGAUGCACGGAAAGUCAUCGCACGGUCCUUCCAGCAGCUACCCGGUAACGAGAACCUGUACACUCGAGCUGUCGACUUCGAAGUCGACGCCAACGAGUUCGACCAAGCUCGCAGAUUCCUCAAGAUUGCCCGCGAAUCCGCAGCGACGGAUCGCAUCUUCAUGAAGUCGGCGGUCCUGGAACGACAACUCGGCGAACUCGACACGGCGCUCGACCUUGUCAACCAGGGCCUCCAGACCUGGCCCGGCAGCUGGAAACUGCACGCCAUCAAGGGCCAGCUGUACGAAUCCAUGGGGAAGCUGAAAGAAGCCCAAGAAGCCUUCGCCGUCGGCACCCGUGCGAACCCCAAAGCCCCCGUCCUCUUCGUCCUCCUGGCCCGCCUCCAGGAACGCACCGGAGCCAUCGUGAAGGCGCGCUCGACCCUGGAGCGGGGAAGGCAGAACAACCCAAAGACGCCGCAAUUGCUAGUCGAAUCCGUCCGUCUUGAGCGCCGGGCCGGUAACAUGAGCGCAGCGCAGAAACUCAUGGCCCUCGCUUUGCAAGAGUGCCCGCACUCAGGCCUCCUCUGGGACGAGAAAAUCAUGCACCUCGAGUCCCGGACGCAGCGGAAACCGCGCGCCCUCGAAGCCAUCAAGAAGGUUGAAAACGAUCCCCAGUUGUUCGUCGUCGUGGCGCGGAUUUUCUGGUCAGAGCGCCGGCUCGAUAAGGCGGCCACCUGGUUCACCAAGGGGAUUACGUUGGACCCCGAUUAUGGCGAUGGAUGGGUGUGGUAUUACAAGUUUCUGGAGCAGCAUGGGACGGAGGAGAAGAGGGCCGAGGUCGUGGAGAAGUGUGUCAUGGCGGAGCCGAAGCAUGGUGAAGUGUGGCAGAGUGUGGCCAAGGAUCCCAAGUUUGCGAGGAAGGGGUUGGAUGUGAUUCUGAAGGAGGCGGCGAAGAGGGUGGAGUAAGAUGGUCGGGAAAGGGGUCGGGAAAGGGGUCAGGAAAGGAGCUUGAGGCUGGGGAUCUCGUCACGAUCACCGCUGUUGCAUGGAGUUACUAUGUGCCGUAGUAUAUAUGAAACUGUAUAUCAUUGAGA